AUGUCAAAUGUUAAUAAAACUACUAGUUAUCAGCGAAAAAGUCAAAAGAAAUUUCUUAUGGAAGAAUCAUAUAAAAUAAUAACCGAAUAAACUUCUGUUAAUGUAUGAAAUAUAAUCAAUAUUAUUAGAUGAGUUCAGUUAUGACUAAGAACGGAAUAUGCUGA